AUGGGUCGCCUAAUCCGCUAUUUUCGUUUCGAUGCUCCUCUAACUGAAAUGGAGGCGUAUUUGGCUGCUGGAGGUGUCGCUAUGACGGCUGCAUUUUUCGCAUUAAUACAUCACCCCUAUUUCUAUGGUCUACAGAAAGUCGGCCUUCAAUUAAAAAUUGCGGCUAGUGGAAUGCUCGUCAAUAAAAAGAUUUUCACUUUCACUCAGGGUGUACGUCUAUCAAGCGCUGCCUUGCAUAAAACUACCGUUGGGCACAUGGUAAAUCUAUUGUCCACUGACAUCAACAAAUUUGAUAUGGGUUUUAUCUUCCUUCACUACAUGUGGGUUUCACCGUUAAUGUUAAUCGCGUACAGUUACUACCUUUGGCAGGAAAUAGGACCUUCUUCUUUUGCAGGGUUCGGUGCGCUGAUAGUGCUUAUUCCAAUUCAAGGAUACUUCAGCAGACAAAUGGGACGUUGCAGAAGGGAAAUUGCCAUCCGAACUGAUAAAAGAAUAAGUAUCAUGAACGAAAUACUCAAUGGUAUACGAGUGAUCAAAAUGUAUGCUUGGGAAGGAGCCUUUUCUGAGGUUGUUGCGGAUCUGCGCAGACGUGAAAUGAGCAAAGUAAGAGCGAAUGCCGUCUUUCAGUCGCUCGUUAUGGGUUUGUUCUGGUCUUCUGGGAAACUCAUUGUUCUUUUCGCAGUUCUCUGCUUCGUCCUGACUGGUAAUGAUCUCAGCGCUGAAAGGAUUUUCGUUGCUACUGCACUUUACAACGCCUGUCGCCUUCCUGUAACCCUUUUCCUCCCAUUUUCCCUGCAAUUUUUCUUUGAAGUGCGAGUAUCUGUUAGACGAAUCCAGUAUGUUGUAGAGUUCCUGUUUCUAGGUGGUCAGAAAGCAAGAAUUGCCCUCGCUCGAGCUAUCUACUCAGACGCUGAUGUGUAUUUACUUGACGACCCUCUCUCAGCUGUUGAUGCAACAGUUGGCCGAUUUUUGUUUGAAAAGUAGGC